CAGUUUGCUAACUUGUGUUGUUCAAUAUGGUGGUAUGUGAAUUCGUGUAGUUCGCGAAUAUGUUGUUUGGACGUAUUAGUUGCAUUUGACUUCGCAAGACGACAACUGUUAAUUCCGUCACACUAAGGAUCGUAUCUUCGGAUAAUUCUUCGUGACAGUUUGACGUGUGUAUAAAAUUUACGGAUAAUGGAUGAGGAAGUUCUAACUACUCUGAAGAUACUGAUAAUAGGCGAGAGUGGUGUUGGAAAAUCCAGUUUAUUAUUGCGUUUUACGGACGAUAAUUUCGAUCCUGAUCAACCAUUAACAAUUGGCGUGGAUUUCAGACAUAAGAAACUAAAAGUCAACGGAAAUUGGGUAAAGUUAGCAAUAUGGGAUACGGCAGGCCAGGAGCGGUUCCGAACCCUCACGCCGAGUUACUACAGAGACGCACAAGGUGCCAUUCUAGUCUAUGACAUCAGCAACAGGACAUCAUUUGAUCGGUUGGAGACGUGGUUGAAUGAACUGGAUUUGUACUCAAACAGACAAAACAUUGUUAAAAUGGUUGUCGGAAAUAAGAUAGAUGUGGAGCAAGAGCGGCGCGAAGUGACGAAAGAGGAAGGCCUGAGCUUCGCCCGGAGGCAUGCAACACUGUUCAUAGAAUCCAGUGCCAAGACGCGCGAAGGGGUGCAGAUGGCUUUUGAAGACCUUGUGCAGAAGAUAAUUGAACAGCCCGGCCUGUGGGAGACAGGAGGUCCGGGUUCGAUCCACGUGCGAGAAGAGGACAGUGGUGAAGGUGCUCCGGCCUGUGCUGGGUGGAAGUGCCGGCUCGUCUGAGGUCUGCGGCCGGCGCGUCCGCCACCUGGGAGGGGUGUGCCGGGACGCGCGCGCUUGUGUAAAUGGAGGCGUAUCUGGAGACUCCUACUGAUAUGGCAUCAUGUCCUAUCAGUUCUCAUUUUGUUACACUGACUAACAAGUUGUGUUGUAAUGUCUUUGGGAUGAGCGGGAGGGAGGGGCUAAGAGAGAUGUAACAACUGUAUCAUAUGGUUGAUUUUUAAACUGUCAUUUUUAUCAGUACUGUCAUGUGCAGUCUUGUUUACAAAUGGAUGCUUUUUAGAAGUUUAAAUGCAUGUUUGAUAUUAAUUUUGUAUAAUUGUGUAGUCCACAGCACUUGGUAAAUUAUAUGUAUAUAGCAUAAUGCAUUUUUGUAUGUUUCAAUAUGUAGAAAUCUGAAAUAAAUUUUGCGAAGCUCGUACCUGUUA